AUUCACGGAUUCGAUGGUUUUCUCAGUUUUCCACGCUAGGCAGACUUCGAAUGACUUGUCGAAUGGCACACUGCUUUCCCAUUCUCAAUUCUGGUUCAUUAAUAUUCGUAUCUUAAUUCCGAAACCCAAAGUUCUGAACCGAGAAUGUGCGAGUGUUGUCUGUACUCGUACUUAUCUUAUAUCUAGUGACCAGUGUAUUUUUUGCUGGCAUAGUGGAUUUAAGAAGUGGAGUUCGCCGUUGGAGUGUUAUUAGUGUACUUACCUAUGUAUCAGUGGUGUUUAGCUUGGGUGGAUGUGAAGGAGGAUUCCGCGCGUAAGAUUGGCACUGUUGGAAAAUAGCUAGUAUUGGAUGGUAUUAGAAGCUUGAUCGGUUCGCUGACGCUGAAAAGGGCUGAUGAUCUGCAUCUGAGCUCUGUCACUUUGCUUUGAGCCUUCGACUUAUCAAUAAGUCUCUGCCGAGGGGAAGCCACCGCGCUGCCGACUUUCCUUGUAUCAAAAUAUCAAGUGGCGUGAUCUCGUAGUCUGCCAGCCAGGGUUCGGAAUAAGCAUACAUUUGUGGGCAGUGAACUGAUUUGCGCCUGAGUGUAAGAAGAUUGAGCCUAACUGGCGUGGCUGUUGCGAGAUAUUAUCAUAAUAUCGGCCACAGUCAUUGGAAUAUCGUACCACCUGAUCCAUGAUCUGAUAGUUUUUGCAGCUUCGGGAUCUACCAUUUUAUUUCCCUUCACCUGGACGUCGAUCACAGCGUUCGCACCCCUGCCACCCCAUAACUGUUGUUUUCGUCUGUCUGGUUGUAGCCCUCUCGUCGUUCACCGAACCACGUCUCCCGCUCUUGAUCAAAUAUGGACAAGGCUGUGCGGCAGCUGUUCGCGGCCGAUCCCGCGGAUGAGACCUGCGGGAAGACAGAGCGCGGUGUGACGUAUGUCAAGCAGCGUUCGGAAGCCCCUGGCUUCCCCAAGGGCUGGUACCGCGAAGAGAUGGUCCGCUCGGGGGCGGGCGUGGUCAAUCCGGGCCAGAAACUGGUCUACUACUACGCGCCCGACGGCACCAAGUUCCGCUCCAAAGCCGACCUGGCGCGCUUCUUCGGCACGCGCCUGGAUCUCUCCAAUCUCGACUUCAAGACGGGCAAGAUGCUCAGCAACUACCCCUACACCUCCGGCAAUGCCGCUGCGGCCGGGGGUGCUCCCGGGGCCGGUGGAGCGAUGCGCAAGCCCCACGUCAACAGUGCCGCCCGCAGCGGCCCCCUCACGCGCAACGGCGCUGGAAGCAGUCUGGCGACGCUGCAGAAGCUGCUAGAGGCCCCGGUGCGCCAGUGCACUUGCAUCUAUAACCAGAAGGUCAAAGUGGUGGAAAGCGCCGGACAGAAUGUCUGCCGUGAGGCUAGAGAUCUUCCCAAGGCCAUCACCACCCACCUCCCCAGAAACCUCAAGCCCAAGCCUUUGCAGGUGUUCUGGGCGAAACGCCUGGAGGACUACGAAGCCAGUGACAUGGAUCUGGAUCUGAAGGGGACGCAGCAGCUGCCUAAAGGUUUUAAAGCGGCGACCAGCAUCAUCCGCGACUCGACUGCUAUCGCCAGCUUGGCGGCGGCCAUCUACAACGCCAGCAACCAGGGCUACAUGGGCUCCGACAACUGCAGCGUCUUGGGCCAGUCAGCGCCCGCGGAAAAGAUGCGCUCCCAUCCCGACGUCCACGUCAAUCCCUACCAGCCUUUGACCGUGGCCAUGAAGGUCACUCCGCAGCUGAUCGAGGAGCAGGAACUGCAAGUGCAGCGUCUGCGCCAAGACCUCAGCGCUCUCAUGGCCAAGCAGCACAAAGAGCGCGCCUGCUGAAGCGGAAAUCCCGCCUGACCGGUUGUUCUUGUACUGAAUCUUCUGCUGCAACGCCCCUCCUUCGCCUUUUCCUUUUCUUCACUACUAAAUUGCUGAUCCAAACUAACUGGUUGGUUAAGUACUCACUGGGCGUCGCAUGGUGCUGCCAGUCCGUUAUGUGCUUCUGCCGCCCAAAAUAAUUGGAUGGGAUCUGGUGCAGCGCCUUCUACGUUGGGGACACUUUAACAUUGAUUUCAGCCAACUUUUUUGUACCUUACCUCGCGCGUGCCGCUGCUCAGUGCAGCACUGUGCUAACGCUGCAUGCUUCUCUUCGUUUUGGUGGUCCUCUUUACAGUAUACUAUCCUGUCUUUUUAUCAGGCUUCCUUCGAUAAACGGUGUGCGGUUGUUUUGUUUAAGAUUGCACAAUAACGCCGAACUAACAUUUACUUAUAAUUCAUGUGCUUACGCUGUUAUUUCUGUGCGUUUUUUGCUACUGUUUUCGCUUUAAGUCCCAAGUCUCCUGUAAAAUUAAAAAGCCAUCUGAUUG